CACUGGAAAAGCCUGAAAACGCAAAACAAUUAACUGUCCCGAUUCAGGAAGAGAAGAAAGAGCAAAGAUUAAGCAAAGUACCACGAGGUGCAUAGAAUAGUUCACCAAUUCGCUUGCUUCACUCCUCCUCUUCCUACCCUUUGAAAAUUUCUUCCCUACUCCUCCAAGAAACAAACCAACUAACCCAUGCAAAUACGCAGAUUUCAUCUCCGGUUCUUCCCUCCCGUUCCGUGCAUGCAUGCAACUCUCUCCGAUGAGAUGCCUGAUGCCGAGCAGCGCUCGCCGCCGCCAGCAGUGCCCUCUCCUCGCCGCCUUCUGCGCCUCGCUCGUCGACGGGCUCGCGCGCCUCGAGAGCACGCUGUCGUCGUCGGUCUCCAUUCGGUGGUGCGCCGACGCCAUGCGGCUGGUCAGGCGGAUGCAGCGCGAUCUGCUCGCCGUCUUCAGGAGCGCUGACGCGCCGGUGGCGGCCGCGGACUGCCACGGUGCCGGAGACUCCUGGCUGGAGCAGUACAUGCAGGAGACGGCGGCGCUCCUCGACCUCUGCAACGCGCUCAAGUCCGCCGUGUCGCGGAUGCAUCGAUACUGCAUGGUGGUGGACUUCGCCGCGCAGGUGCAUGGCUGCCGUGCCGGCGCAACCGCCGCGUCGCUCGUCGCCGCCGGGACUGCAGCGUCGGAGGGGACGGACGCACCGUCGUCCGCCGUCGCUGUCCACGGCAAGCUCUCGGAUGUGAGGGCCGUGGUGAGCGAGGCAGAGAGGCUAGGGAGAAAGAUCCUGUCCAGCGGCGGCGGUAGCGUAGUUCUCGUCACGCUCGUCGCCAAGAUCACAAUGGCAGUCGUGGCCACCUCCGUGCUCCACGCGCUCACCCACACAUCACCUCUUCCCCCUCUCAACGACGAGGACGACGUCGGCGCCGGCGGCGCGCACCAGUGCAGCAGUGCGCUCGCCCGCGUCGCCGUCCCAGAGCAACUGAGGCCGUGGCGCGAGUCGCUGUCGGCGAUCAACGACCGGGUAGCGGCCCUGCCGGCGAGCAUCGCGGAGCACGAGAGCGUCGCAACGGCGGUAAGGGACAUGAUCGGCGGCAAGAUGGAAGGAUCAGAGGAUCAUGUGGAGCUGCUGAGGGCGAGGUCCGGCGAGCUCCGGGAGGGGGUGGAGACGUUCGACUGCGUUCUUGAUCAAGUCUUUGACGAGGUGAUCAGGGGCAGGAAUGAGAUGCUGGGGAUCUUCAGAGACAAAGCUCUCACAUAGUGAAAUCGAGGGUGGAUUUUAAUUACCUCUCGGUUUUAAUCUUGUGAGAAAAAUUUGUGAUACUUGUGUUGGAUUUGAUUUAUGUUAAAUUGCUAAUUGAUGGACACAAUGUUUUUCUUUUCUUUGUAAAGGGUAUAGAAGUUGUUUUAGCAUAUUGUUUUAUAUUUUUUGUAUUUUCAUUUGUAUGUAACUUGUAUUGACAGUGUCAUGAGACUGAUCAAUAAAGCAUUUGAUUAAUUCCA